AUGUGGCGGGAUCGCACCAACCUCUACCUCUCCUACCGCCAAUCCCUAAUCCACCACCCGGCCAAGAAACCCGCCUUCACCCCAACCAAUGGCUUCGCCGACACACCCUCCAACCCCGAAGAAAACAGACGCCUAAUCCCGGACACAGACGAAGAUGGCGACAUGGUAAUCGAAAUGGACCUCCUGCCACCGCGCUGGGUUGACGUGCAGGAAGAGGUCUCUGAGCUGUUAGCCGAUAUCGCCCAAAAAUCAUCCCAGCUGGAUAAGCUGCACCAGAAACACCUGCUGCCGGGCUUUGGGGAUGAGGAUCUGCGGAGACAAGAUGAGGGCGUUAUCGAGCGCCUGACGCAGGAUAUCACCCGCGCGUUUCAUGAUUGCCAGCGCGCUAUUCAGCGCAUUGAGACUAUGGUGCUGGAUUCUAGGGCGCAGGGUAGUGUUAGCAGCGGGGAGGAGACUAUGGCGAAGAAUAUUCAGAUUUCGCUUGCGGCUAGGGUUCAGGAGGCUAGUGCGCGCUUUAGGAAGAAGCAAAGUACCUAUCUGAGGAAAUUACGAGACCUAGAGGGUAUAGCGACGCCAUUUGAUGGCGCGCCCAUGCAAGCUCAGAACCCAUACACGGAUCCGUCGAUGAUGGAGUCAGAUGCGGAUCGGUCCUUCUCGCAAACGAUGUUGCAGCAGACCUCACAACGGAGUACGGGGACGAACGAUGCCGCCAUUGCACAGCGAGAGCGUGAGAUCAACGAUAUCGCAAAGGGAAUUAUCGAGUUGUCGGAUAUCUUCCGCGAGCUGCAGAGCAUGAUCAUCGAUCAAGGGACCAUGCUCGACCGUAUAGAUUACAACGUCGAGCGCAUGGGCACUGAGGUUAGAGCCGCGGACAAGGAACUGAAAGUGGCUACGGGCUACCAACGGCGAACUACCAAACGCAAGGUCAUGAUCUUGCUCCUGCUGCUUGUAGUAGAGUAUCCUAGGAACAAGAGCGUUGGUUCUUCUUGCUCCUGGGAACGUCUCCAACUCUCCAACUUCACGAGGACUCCAGAAACCAAAUAUGUGUUUUAG